AUGCCGGCAGGCGGGUACACGAGUAAGAGGCGCGUUAUGGAGCGCUACAAGAUCAUAGGGUUCAUUAGCAGCGGCACGUAUGGUCGGGUCUACAAGGCCCAGGGCAAGAACGGUAUUGUGGGGGAGUUUGCUAUCAAGAAAUUCAAGCCCGACAAAGAGGGCGAGCCCCAGUACACCGGCUUAUCCCAGUCCGCCAUUCGCGAGAUGGCCCUCUGUACCGAGCUCUCCCAUCUAAACGUAGUCUCGACGCGCGAGAUCAUCCUUGAAGACAAAUGCAUCUUCAUCGUAUUCGAGUACGCCGAGCACGACCUCCUCCAGAUAAUCCACCACCACACCACCCCACAACGGCACUGCAUCCCCGCGCCGACCAUCCGGUCUAUCCUGUGGCAGCUGCUAAACGGCCUCCUGUACCUGCACAGAAACUGGGUCAUGCACCGCGACCUGAAGCCCGCCAACAUCAUGGUGACCUCCGCCGGCUCCGUCAAGAUUGGCGACCUGGGCCUCGCCCGCCUCUUCUUCAAGCCUCUGCAAAGCCUCUACAUGGGCGACAAAGUCGUCGUCACGAUCUGGUACCGCGCGCCCGAGCUGCUGCUCGGCAGCCGACACUACACGCCCGCGAUCGACAUGUGGGCCGUUGGGUGCAUCUUCGCGGAACUGCUCUCUCUGCGGCCGAUCUUCAAGGGCGAGGAGGCGAAGAUGGACGCGAAGAAACAGGUGCCCUUCCAACGGAACCAGAUGCUCAAGAUUGCGGAGGUACUGGGUGUGCCGAACGUGAAGCAGUGGCCCCUGUUGAGCUCGAUGCCGGAGUACAGCCAGCUGUCUACGUUGUCUGCUGGCGGCAACAGCCGCGUGCAUCGACCUAUCGGCCUCGAGAACUGGUACAACGGGGUUCUGAAACAGAAUGGCUAUCCACCGGUGGAGAAGAGUCCGACGGGCGAGAAGAAGGCCGCAGAGAAUCCUGGCCCAGAGGGGCUGGAUCUGCUCAAGGCGCUGCUGACGUACGAUCCCCAGCAGCGCAUCACGGCGGAGCAGGCGCUGCAGCACAAGUACUUCACCACGGGCGAGAAGCCGAGCAUGAAUUGCUUUGAGGGCAUAACGACGAAGUAUCCGAGCAGGAGGGUCAGCCAGGAGGAUAAUGAUAUCCGGACGGGAAGUCUGCCGGGGACGAAGAGGAGUGGUUUGCCGGAUGACAGCUUGAGGCCGACUAAGAGGUUGAAGGAGGGGUGA